AUGUCUUACAACAACAACAACAUUGGCAAUCAAACUAACACAAGGCUUGGCAAUUCAAUUCCCAAUCCAGAUGAUCUGUCUCGUAGACUAAGGUUACAAGCAGCAGUUGAUAAUAAUGAAUUCGAAGAUGAACUUUCAAAUUCACGAUCUGUCCUAAAUAGUGUUGCUGCUGGAAAUUUCUCUUCCUUUUGGGGAUCUAUUUCCCCAACAUCUGGCUCUAGAUCCCCUGUACCUUUACAAUGUUGUUGUGGCAGAGAAGAUUGUCAGAACUUUGUUGCCUUUCUUAAAACUACUCAGUCAAUGGAAGAAAGAUUAGGAUUAGCGUCUGAGGUUGGGCAGGCAUUAGUACUUAAACAAAAAAAUAUCGAAGAAUCUCAUCAAGAAUUGUCACAACAGUUGUGA